GCUGGGUGUGCACGGCUCCGAGGGUUUGGUAGCUCCAGGAAAAGGAAAGAGAGAGCGGUGUGAUUGUCUCCCGGUGCGAUCACAACAAUCCCGGGCGACGGGGAGCGGACUCGCGGGUGCUGAUCGCAUCGCUCGCCGCUAGGUGGAGCAGGUCAGCUGAGACCGGGCUACCGGACCGCUGUGUCACGUGACCGUGCUGGCUGGAUUAUGGUGACCGGAACCCCGCGCCGGCGGCUUCUGUGAGCAGUCUAUAAGUACACACCAUGUCUAUUCAGUACUCCGUGGAGGAGCCGCUGUCCGGCAGCUACGGGGUUGCCGACUCCUUCCCCAAGGACUUCGGCUAUGGGGCUGAUGAGUCCGAAAUGGACGAGACUUCCACGGCGUCAGACAGCAAGCCCCGCAUCCUGCUGAUGGGUAUGAGGCGCAGCGGCAAGUCCUCCAUCCAGAAGGUGGUGUUCCACAAGAUGUCUCCUAAUGAAACCUUAUUCUUGGAAAGCACCAACAAGAUCUACAAGGAUGACAUUUCAAAUAGUUCUUUUGUCAAUUUUCAAAUCUGGGACUUUCCAGGACAAGUAGAUUUCUUUGAUCCGACGUUUGACUAUGAAAUGAUAUUCAGAGGGACGGGAGCAUUAAUUUAUGUGAUUGAUGCCCAGGAUGAUUACAUGGAAGCCCUAGCACGACUCCAUGUCACAGUCUCCAAGGCCUAUAAAGCAAAUCCUGACAUGAAUUUUGAAGUUUUCAUUCACAAAGUAGAUGGUUUGUCAGAUGACCAUAAGAUAGAAACCCAGAGGGAUAUUCACCAGAGAGCCAAUGAUGACCUGGCCGAUGUUGGACUGGAAAAGCUUCAUUUAAGCUUCUACCUGACAAGUAUUUAUGACCACUCAAUAUUUGAAGCGUUCAGUAAAGUUGUGCAGAAACUGAUUCCACAGUUGCCGACGCUAGAAAACCUGCUAAACAUUUUUAUAUCUAACUCUGGCAUUGAAAAGGCUUUCUUAUUUGACGUGGUCAGCAAGAUCUAUGUUGCAACCGACAGUUCUCCUGUAGACAUGCAGUCCUAUGAGCUGUGCUGUGAUAUGAUAGACGUUGUAAUAGAUGUAUCUUGUAUAUACAGUUUGCAUGCUGAGUGUAAUGGGACAGCGUAUGACAAGGAGUCCAUGGCCAUUAUCAAGCUCAACAACACGACCGUUCUCUACUUAAAAGAAGUCACAAAGUUUCUGUCGCUUGUUUGUAUUCUUAGGGAAGAAAGCUUUGAGAGGAAAGGAUUAAUAGACUACAAUUUUCACUGCUUUCGAAAAGCCAUCCAUGAGGUGUUUGAGGUGGGGGCUUCCACCCACCGGACCUUCAGCCAUCAAGCCAGCAGUCCGAAUCUCAACGCAGUGACUCACAAUGGCACACCCGCUAACGCCGUCUAGAGUAAAACCUUGUGGACGUUGCCACCAGUAGCCCAGGUGCACUGCCCGCCACAUGGAGUGUGUCAUUGGAGGGGAGGCCAGUGCAAGAAAUACAGGGUACUACAGACAGAAGAAACCUUGUGGAUCUCCUCCCUUUAAGUGUCUGCUCAUAGUGACCUGUUUGCGUUCCUGCCACGAUUCCACUUUUGAAAUGGAUCAUUUUGGUUUGGAUUUGUUUUCCUCUGGUAAAUCUCAGAAGCAGUGUAUGCAUGUAAAAAGCCGCAUGUCAUCUUACCUGUGUGUUUUUUUUUUUUUUUUUUUUUUUUUUUUUUAAAUAAAUGCUGACUGCAUUGCUAAUCUUUUGCCAUUACUGUCAAACUUGGGAUCACAAAAAUCCAUACUUUCGAGGGGUUGUUUUUGUUCACAAAAUACAACCUCCAGACCUGAAAACAUUCCAGAAGGGGGCGCACUUCUGCUCGGACAGAGACUGGCAUCAAGUGAUUCCUUAUGCCCGGGGAUGUGCACAUCCUACAUAAGAAGGACCUUUGUGCUAGGAGCAGCUCCUUUGGCUUCUUACAGACUCUUGGAAAUAAUCCCUGGGAAUAGAUUUCAGUCGUUCUUCACUGUAUUGCUCUUAGUCAAGCGCACGCCUCUCUACCCAGGAUCAGAUCAUCUUCAUACUCGCAGUUCUUCAGCUUAAUUCCAAAUGCCUUUUUGGGGCUUGUGCCUGUAUCUGAAAUGUGUUUUAUUUUAUUGGUUUUGAGGUUUGUUGUGAAAUAAACUGCACAGUUAGCAGGGGGUGCCAUAUUGGUCCUGAGUGUGACCAUUUCCUUCUUACUAGGGAGUGUAGCUUUCUGUGAUUACAUAGGGUGCAAGCGGAUGAUAUGGUCGAGAGCUGCUACUAACCGCACUGAUUCUUCAACUACAUGAAGGCGUUUGGGUCCUGUUCUCCCACUUGAGACGCAUAAAUGUGGCUUGGGUACUGACCCCCCCCCACCCCACCUUCAGCCCAGUGCCACCUGAAUAAUGUACGACAGACUGGUUGGAGCUGUCUGGCGGCACCAUUUAAAGGGGACCCAUCGGUUCUUCCCACGUCUGCGUUAGUAAAUCCUUGUAUUUUUCAAAAAAUAACAUUUCUUUAGCAUAUUUUAUUAGAACUCUGCCUUGUGCUGUUUCUCAUAAAAAUAUGUAGAUACAUUAUCAACUAGGUGUUUCUAUCAAAGACGUGUGUCCCUACACAGGCUUCGGGCUCCGUGCCCACAUUGCGUUCUGCCGUGUGAAUCCUAUAUUGCGGUGCAGACCCAUUGACUGGAAGGAGUCCGUGAUCCGAAAAAUACGGCCAAUGAUAGGACAUGUACAGACCCGAAAGCCCACAGAAACACUUCAGAGUUUUACCGUGGGCUUCCAAUCCCUGCCUCUGCUCCGGAAAAGACAGAACUUGUCCUCUCUUUUACCAUAUCUUGCGGAUUGCGGACCACUUUCAGUCAAUGUGUUUGCAUCCGCAGCACAGAGUGAACAUUGGCAAGUGCCCGUAUGUUGUGGAGCCACCAUUUGCAGUUCGCAAUGUGGGCACUGAGCCCUUGCGUUUCUCGGAAUGAGCCCUUAUAUUUUGAGCAUGGACUGGACAGUGUCUAAGUGUAGGGACACACCCAGUGGUUUACUCAUACAUUUCUAGGAGUAAUAACAGAGGGAUGCUACAACACAGGGUUCAAAGAAAAGAUGCUCUAGAAUACUUGCACAUGGUCAGUAUUGUUCAUUAGUAUUUGUAAGCCAAGACCAGACCAGGAGGCCUCUGGGUCUAGUCCGCAGAGCCACACAUCUUUCCUGUAUACUUUUUUUUUUCUUUUUCUGUAGGUUCCACUCCUGCUUUUGGCUUGCAAAUCCUGACUGUGUGAAAGUGUCCUGAGGGGAAAACAGGGGUGUCUGAGGUGGUGACAGGUCCUCUUUUUAAAAGGAUGCUCAAUCUGCGGCCCUCCAGCUGUUGUAAAACUGCAAUUCCCACAAUGCCCUGCUGUAGGCUGUUCGGGCAUGCUCGGAGUUGUAGUUUUGUAACAGCUGGAGGGCUGCAGGCUGGCUGCUAGGGAAGUUGUCCAACACAAGCCUGCAGCCCUCCAGCUGUUGCAAAACUACAACUCCGAGCAUGCCCGAACAGCCUACAGCAGGCCAUUGUGGGAGUUGUAGUUUUACAACAGCUGGAGGGCCACAGGUCAGACGCAAGUCAGCAUGGGAGGGGAAAAACCUCUUGGCAGCAGUCACGCGAUGUCAUUCCUCAUGUCAAAAUAAAAUUUUAUUCAGUUUUUUUUUUUAAACUAUUUUAGAUGGAGGAAUAAACCAGUAGGGCAAACUGCUGAUGGGGUCCACCAUUAUGGAUUGCAGAGCGGAGGAGGUAUUGGAGCACUAGUAGACUGUCCUGUAUGCACUGAUUGAUGACUUCUGUUUUGUAUAUGGUGUAAAUGUUUAAGCACACGCCUGUACCCUUGUAGUAAAGAUUAACCCCCCCCCCCCCUCCUGUAACACUACUUUUCCACUAAUCACGAAGCAGAUCAUUUCCACCGUACAGACUUUUGGCGCGGUGCUUUUCUUCUCCGCUUUCUUCAAUCCACUGCUGUACUCUAGGCUGGUGCUUAGUCCAUAAUGUUGCACCUCUUGCUGUACCAAAGGCCCUCAUGAUGUAACUCGUUUGAAUAUGAUCCUCCGUGUGGCCGAUUAGAGUGUUCUGCAAAUGAUCAGUGAUUUUGGUGAAUUUUAAUAUGGACCAGGAUGAAAGUCAAUGGAAAAAUGUGGGGGAAAAAAAAGCUUCUAUAUUUAUAUUUCCUUUCAAUGAAUGAUGUAUAACAAGGGUUCUCAAUAAAGAUAUUUACUCACGGCACCGUUUCCUGCUCCCGGAUCCCAUCCAGCUUAUAUCCCUUUAAAUGGGGCGAGGGCGACUACAGAAAGCGGUCUCUCUUUUGAAGACGUCAGGUAUUCACAUUGCCUUGUAUUUCUACCACUCUGGACAUUUGGCCCUCUUUAGAGGUUAAGUGCUCACUUAAAGGGACACUAUCAUAUAUAUUUUUUUUCAAAUCAUGAUCUGUAAAUUGAUGUUAAAGAAGUAAAUAAAAUCUGAAAAGUUUUUGGC